AUGUCUUGUUGCUUUGGUAAAAAUACAGAUGGUACGGAUCCUAAAAAAACACUAUCAGAUCAAUCGGAUCCAUUAUCAGAACGACCAAUUAUACCAGUGAAUAAAAUUCAAAAUUCAAAUAUUGAAUAUUCAAUUACUGUAAAAACAGGUGAUUUUCGCAAUUCUGGUACAAAUGGACCUGUUUAUGUUAAUAUAUUCGGUCGAGAUGGUAAACAAACACAAGAUAUAUUAUUAUCAGGACAUGAUAAACCAUUUUCACAAGGUUGUACAAGAAAAUUUCAAAUUAAUGCUGUUGAUAUUGGUAAACCACAACGCAUUAUUAUUCGACAUGAAGAUAAUUUAACUGGAUGGUAUGUCGAUUAUAUAGAAAUAUCUGUUCAUAAUUUUUUAGUUAGAUUUGUGGCGAAUCGAUGGUUAAGUCGAUCGAAAAAUGAUCGAAAAUUAGAAGCUGAACUUUUUGGUUCGGAACAACCAGCUGUUAUAUAUAAUGUAGAAAUUCAAACAGGUGAUGAACAAAUUGAACCAUUAGAUUCACCAGUAUAUAUGCAAGUAUAUGGAACAACAACAGCAACACCUAAACUUUUCUUUGAUUCAAAAAAUCCUUCAUUUACAAAAGAUUCAAUAUCAAAAUUUACUAUAGCAAGCAAUAAUGUUGGAGAAAUUCAACGAAUUAUAAUUGGUCAUGAAGGAUUAGGUAAAAUCAAUGAUUGGUAUUUAAAAAGUAUUAAAGUUCAAAUGCUUUCACAACAACAAGAAUAUGUUAUCAAUAAAUUGUUAAGUCCAACACAAGGUGAUCAACAAUUAUUUGUUGAAUUAUCGCAAAACAAACCUCGAUCACCGUCCCCACCUGUUCCUCCAAAAUAUUUUGUAACGAUUCAAACAGCUAAUGUAUCACAAAAGGAAACGGCUGAAAAUGUUGAAAUGAUUGUACGUGGAUCUGACGGACAAAUCGCUAAAAUAUUAUUAAACGAUUAUGCAAAAUCAAUUGAUAAACAACUUUUUCAACAAGGAAAUUUAGAUGAAUUUGAAAUAGAACACGAUGAUAUUGGAAAUAUUGAAAGUAUAACGAUAGGUUUUAGUGAUACUAAACACAAAGAAGCUUGGCUAUUAGAAUAUGUCGAUAUAAAAUACAAAGAAACCGUCUAUCGUUUUCAAGCUCAAUGUUGGCUAUCAAGUCGUUUAGGACCCAAUUUUAGUUGGAUGACAAUCAAACCUGAGAUAAACGAUGAUGAUCUUAAUUAUAAUGUUAUUGUUGAAACUGGUGAAUCUGGUAUUGAUGCUAAUGUCAUAUUAUGUAUUUAUGGUGAUGAAAAUACAACAACAAAUUUAGCUUUACGAACAACAAAAGAUGGUUCUGAUGCAAAAUUUGAUCCAGAUAGUAUUCUUGAAUUUGAUUUAAAAGCAAUCGAUGUUGGAAAAAUUAAAAAAAUUAAUAUCGGUCAUGAUGGUGAAGGCAGUGAACGACAAUGGUUUUUAAAAUCAAUUCAAAUUGACAAGAAAGAUGAACAUUACACAUUCACAGCUAAUCGAUGGUUAAGUACAGAGAAAGAUGAUCAAAAUACUUAUAUCGAUCUUUUAGUUGAUGAACGAAAAACACCACCAUCAUCACCAGUACCUAAGAAAGAUCAAGCUACUUAUACAAUUACGGUUGUAACAAGUUCCGAAGAAGAUGCUGGUACUAAGUCUGGUGUAUUAAUGACAAUAUUUGGUGAUAAAGACAAAACUAAACAAUUUGAAUUAACUAAUACAAAGCAAGGUGAUAAAGCAUUAUUUGAAUCAGGCAAAACAAAUGAAUUUGAAAUGGAACUAGACGAUGUUGGCCAUAUUAAUAAAAUUAACAUCGGACUAGAUGGAACAGAUGGUCAUCCAACUUGGCAUUUAAAAUCAGUUCAAAUACAAAAAGGAUCAGAAAAUUACAAUUUUUCUGCCAAGAAAAUUCUCGAUCAGUCAACACCAUUUAUUGAUUUAACACCAACUCCAGCUAGGAAAACACCAACUCCAGAACCUGUUAAAACGGAAAAAGUACGCAGUCAUACACCUGAACAAAAAACUCCACCUAUAAAAGAAACAACAUAUAAAACUUUAAUUUGCACUAGUUCAGAACAAAAAGAUAUUAUUAAUCAAGAUGCUAAUUUUUAUAUAAUAAUCUAUGGACAAAAAGAUCAAACUAAAAAACUUUAUCUUAAACAUGCCACAAUACACGAUAAAAAAAAAUUAUAUAAAAAAGAUGACAAAGCUGAAUUUGAAUUUAAAACAAUCGAUGUUGGAAAAAUUUCAAAAAUUGCCGUAGGACAAGAUGAUUCUGAAGAUGAACUUGUAUGGCAUGUUGAUAAUGUUACAAUUAAACGAACUAAUGAAACAAUAACAUUUAAUGCUGAACAAACAAUUGGACGUAAUUCUGAAAUUGAAUUAUUACCGUCGGCUAUACCAAAAAAAACAGAAAUAACUUAUAAAAUUCUUAUACGAACUGGUACAUCUCAAGAAGAAGGAAACGAUAGUAAUUUAUAUAUAAUAAUAUAUGGAAAAAAUGGUCAAACGAAAAAAAUGCUACUUAAUGAAACAACAAAAACAAAUAAAAACACUUCUUUGAAAAAAAAUGAUAAAAUCGAAUAUGAAUUUAAAAUAGAUGAUGUUGGAAAGAUUUCAAAAAUUGUUCUUAGCCAAAAUCCAAACGAAGAAACACUUAUGUGGGAUAUUGAUAAUAUUACAAUCAAACGACAUAAUGAAACAACAACAUUUAAUGUCGACCGUAAAAUAGAAAAAGAUGAUGAAGUUGAAUUAAUACCUUCACCUAUACUGAAAAAAUCAGAAACACCACGUAAAACAAGUAAAACAGCCGAUACAAUAUCAAAACUAGUUACCAAAACGAAAGAUACUGAUUAUGAAAUUAUUACAUCAACAGGUGAACAAACACUUGAAGCUUCAAUAACAUUAAAUAUUCGUGGUGAAAAUGGUAUUGUUCGUAUUCCAUUAACACAAACAAAAACUGGUGAAAAACCAUUUCAAUCAAAAUCAACUAAUGAAUUUACAUGUCGAACGACAGAUGUUGGAAAAAUUCGACGAAUUAUAAUUGAACAUAAUGGAACAGAUAAAAAUAUGGUCUGGCAUUUAAAAACAAUUCAAAUAAAAAAAGGACAUGAAACAUAUAAUUUUAAUGCUGAUUUACGUCUUGAUUAUAAAGAAAAUAAAGCUAAUCUUUAUCCUGUUGGUGCUUUAUUUGGCCAUCAACGAGAAGAUUAUGUACAAAGUGAAUUACGUCGAUUACGAGAAAGUCUUCGAAGUGAAUCAUCAAAAUUACAUCCACCUGUGCACAAAGCUUAUGAACCGUUUGUUUAUAAUGAUUUAAGGCCUUAUUUUGAUACUAGUUCUGUCGAAAGAGCUAUUUAUUCACCAUUAGAAGCUCCACCUGGUUAUUAUACACGUUUAACAGCACUUCGUAUUGUUGAACCAUGGGAAACUUAUGGAAUGGAUUAUGGUGUUAAUUAUGAAAUAUUAAAGCAACGAAAAGGUCGUAGUUUUAGUACUAGACGAGCUAAAACUAUGACACAAAGUGGUAUUAUGAUUGUUCCACCAAUAUCAUUACCUUAUGGUGGUCAUAUAACACAUAUUAAUACAGCUGAACUCGAGCGUACUUUACAAGAACGAUCACGUUCAUCUAAACAUCGAUCUUUAUCACGACAUAAUAAUAAUAAUAAUAAUAAUAAUAAUAAUAAUCAUUAUCAAGAAACUCAAACAGAUGGAUCCAUUGAUCGAAAACAAGGUUCAACACAUUUACCCAAAUUUCCUUGUGUUAAUAUGCGAAAACCUGCUGAAUACUCACGACCAUUAACUAUGAAUGAUGUUCCUAAAAUCAGAACAUUCAUACGAAGUCGUUAUACUACUGAAGCUCAUACUCAAAUGGAAAAGGAUUAUAAACGAACUCAUGAUGAUCUCUAUCGAAUGCAAUUGGACGAUAUGGAUAGUUAUCAUGAAUCAAAUCGUGACAAUAUGCUUCAUGUUUAUCAUUCAUAUCUAGAAAAUACACCUGGUUCAAAGAAAGCUCUACGAGAACUUUGUGAUCGAAUAGGUCCUCUUAAUACAAAGUCAUCUGUCGACACAAAAGUUUAG